UUAUCUCUCCCUGCCGUCCCCUUCCACUCUCUCUCUCUCUCACAUAAACAGAUGAAAACGUGGUGUCAACAUUCUGCUCACCUACCUCUUUCUAUCUAUAACCAGUUUUCAUUCCUCUAAGUUUCACAUGGUUGUACAAUUGUGGGCUCCACUUGGGCAAUCGCAACACCAUUUCGUACCUCUUUUCUUGGCAAUGUCCUAGUGGGUCUCUCCAAAACUCACCAACACAAACAACAGUCUGAUGAAUCUAAGUUUGUAUUACUGUGCGCAUUGGGACUUCAGACAUUGGAACAACAGGACAUGGCGUUGAAGGCUGCAGCAAUAUGUAUUUGUGCCAACCGUUCCCAUUCUCAUUCGGUUGUCACAUAUUUGGGAUCUAAGCCUUCUGGGUCUGUCUUGAAUCUUAGGUUUGAGCGAAAAUGGGAGUGCUGGGCUGUGUCGGAUCAGAGGGCAAAAACACCUGUUGAAGAUGAGAAACCACCGGCACCUGAAUUGGGUUUGCCUGAGGAGACUGAUGAGACUCAGAUCAUUGAAACCAGGGGGCUUCACAAGGAUUUGAACGCUUUGCCUAGGCCUUUGUCUGCAACGAAUCUUUCUUCUUCUCCUAGUGGUGGUUCGAAGGUGCGGGUUGCUUAUCAGGGGAUUCCAGGUGCAUACAGCGAGGCUGCUGCACUUAAUGCAUAUCCAAAGUGUGAGACUGUCCCAUGUGACCAGUUUGAGGCCGCAUUCAAGGCAGUCGAGUUGUGGUUAGUGGACAGAGCUGUACUUCCUAUUGAGAAUUCUGUUGGUGGAAGCAUCCACCGUAAUUUUGACCUUCUCCUUUGUCAUAGGCUACACAUAGUAGGGGAAGUGCAGUUGGUUGUUAACCAUUGCCUUCUAGGGUUGCCUGGUGUCAGAAAGGAGGAGCUAAAGCGCGUGUUGAGCCACCCUCAGGCACUCGAUCAAUGUGAGGUAUCGCUGAACAAGUUAGGUGUUAUCAGAGUUAGUGCUUAUGAUACUGCUGGUGCUGCUCAGAUUGUAGCCUCCGAAGGCCUGAGAGAUACUGGAGCAGUUGCCAGUGCUCGAGCUGCAGAUAUCUAUGGGCUUGACAUUCUUGCUGAAAAAAUCCAGGAUGACUCCGAUAAUAUUACUCGUUUUCUGAUGCUUGCAAGGGAACCUAUAAUCCCUGGGACUGACAGGCCCCAUAAGACAAGCAUUGUCUUCACUUUAGAAGAAGGCCCUGGAGUACUUUUCAAAGCCUUGGCAGUGUUUGCUCUGAGGGGCAUUAAUUUGUCAAAGGCUUUGAAUAUUUUUCUGUCCCAAAUGCAAGUUCAGAUAGAGAGUCGACCACAGAGAAAGCGUCCAUUGCGGGUUGUUGAUGACUCCAACAAGGGGAGUGCCAAGUACUUUGAUUACCUGUUUUACAUUGACUUUGAAGCCUCUAUGGCGGAGCCUCGUGCCCAAUAUGCUCUGGGACAUCUGCAGGAAUUUGCAAGAUUUCUUCGUGUCCUUGGUUGCUAUCCUAUGUAUACAGCUCUGUGGAAAUGAAUGCACUCCCGGGCGUCAGUUGUGUGACUUGCAUUUUGGCUUGUCAACUUGCAAGAAAGAGACGGUUCAAUGUUCAAUUCUGUACAUUAAUUUGCUCCUGGUGAAGCAUCUGUAGAAAGAAUUUUCCCGGCGUCUCCUGAGAGCUUGCAGGUUUGGAUAAUGCUCCGUCAAGCAGGAUCUCUUCAAUUUUUCUCCUGAUUCUUUUCACCUUCCUUCAGGGAGGGGUUUUGACAUGUUAUGAUCUCUACAAAUAAUGAAUGAAGCUCCAAUUCUGAAAACUUUUGCAUUCGAUACGGUCUCAGAAACUGUAGGAAACUCAUAUUUGAUGAUAGUUUGCAACCUUACAGAUAACUUUUGUGAUUAAAAAGGCCCCAAUGGCCAGGUGAUUUGCUUUAUUCUAUUUUUUAGGAAGUUCAUGACCAGUGAAUGCUUAAAUUGCCAUCAAAGCCUAGAACAGUCAAGCAGAAGACUUG